AUGUCGUAUCCACCGGCCAAGCGACAGCGAUCCAACACGUCGCGAGAUUCCGUCAACGGCAACCCGCAGACUACAGCUCCCGCCCUGCGACAUCACCAAAUCAGUCAGGGUAUCAACUUGUACUCGCCUACGGGCUACGAGAAUGGCGGCUAUUCCCUUCAACCUACCGCACGCCAAACUGUUGCCUACAACCCCUACUCUCCCGGUGCGGUGACAAAUUCGGCUGGCGGAUACGGCGGAGCAUACCAGACCUCGUCGACAGGUUACGGUGCCAGUCCAUACAGUCCCCAACAGCAGGCUAAUACCUUCGCAACUCACUAUUCUCAACCACCUACAAACGGCCACAUGACGUCUCAUGCUACACACUUUAAUGGAAUUCGGAAUGGGAACUUCGCCGAGACACAGACGGCCACGGGUGGAACGUAUUCGCCUGUACCGACAAAUCACCACAUCGCAAAUUAUAACCAACAACAACGUACUAACCCUCCGACGUCCACAAUACCACAACAUCUAUCACAAUAUGGGGAGACGUACACUUCCCAACCCACCGCGCACGCCACGUCGUAUCAUGCCAGUACCAAUUCCUAUUCCGACGCUUCUACCUUGAAUUCCCACUUUAGCCCGGCACAUCUGCAAAGUCCGGCUCCUCUAUCGACCUCCGCAACCCAGAACGGAAAUGGUCAUACUCCUGACGAUGUCAUGCAAGAGGAUGACGACGAGGAAGAGGAUGCGCAAGGCGAGACUGCAGACGAGUCGACAGAUGUUUACACGAAUCCCGAUCCACCAAACGGGUCUAUAUCGUCCAUACAGUCAGUUCCCACGCCACCCAUCGAUGCGUCAUCUAGAGGCGGUCAACGAAUUAAAAAGUGCUCCUGUAAGACGGGACGCGGAGACAAGAAGGCGUGCGUGUUUUGUGUCUGCAGUAAGCAUGGACUUGGUUGCACUCCGACUUGCUCGUGCGGCGACGCAUGUGCGAACCCCUUUGCGGACCUGACGCAAUUCUUCGGCCCGCUGUCUACGUUUCCGAAACCCUGCGGUGCUAAUGCAUGCUUUGCCACUUGGCUCUGUAACCAACCGAACGUCGAGGAGUUGGAUGUGGAUCUGAUAAUAGACAUACUGUUGUAUGACGACACGUCGUGGGCUACUAUCAAGGAAUACUCAGAGCCGUUCAAGAAGUGGGAGGAUAGUUGGAAGCGGACCCGUGGGGGUAAGAGGAAGAAGAGCCGUGAGGAGCGCGAGCGCCUGGAAUUCGAGCUGCUCCGUGGAGCCCUAGGUAACUGCAACCAGACCGAUUUCUACGGCUACUGGUAUAGUUUUUGUCAAGGUGGCUGGGUAGCAACCGAUCUCUGGGACCAUUGCCAGGAGUGUCGCGUCUGCAAGCCCAGCGCGGAAUGGCACUGCGACAAACAUAAUCGCUGCACAUCAGAACGCGUCUGUCCCGAUUGCGCAUCGACUGCACCGUACCCGAACAUGAUGUCUUCGUAUCCGGAUCCCGGUAGUUAG